AUGGACAUCACCGACAGAUACCUGCUCAAGGUGAACGAGCUGAGCUGGCACGUGAGCUGCCUGCAAUGUUGCGUGUGCAGAACUUCACUGCGUCAGCACAGCAGCUGCUACGUCAAGAACAAAGACAUCUACUGCAAGAUGGACUACUUCAGUAGGUUCGGCACCAAGUGUGGCCAGUGUGGCCGCCAGGUGUAUGCCAGCGACUGGGUGCGGCGUGCCCGCGGCAGCGUCUACCACCUGGCCUGCUUCGCCUGCUUCUCCUGCAAGCGGCAGCUGUCCACGGGGGAGGAGUUUGGCCUGGUGGAGGGCAGGGUCCUCUGCCGCAGCCACUACGACGUCAUGCUGGACAACCUGCGCAGGGCGGCGGAAAACGGAACAGGGCUGACUCUGGAGGGGGCGCUGCCCUCGGACCAGGACUGCCAGCCCAAACCUGCCAAGAGGGCGCGUACGUCCUUCACCGCAGAGCAGCUGCAGGUGAUGCAGAGCCAGUUUGCACAGGACAACAAUCCUGACGCUCAGACUCUGCAGAAACUGGCAGAGAUGACAGGACUGAGCAGGCGAGUCAUCCAGGUUUGGUUCCAGAACUGCCGGGCGCGACACAAAAAGCAGCCCCCUCUCGGCAGCUUCUCUCAGAGCAGCACCUCGCUGGGCAGGAUGCCCCCCUCCCUGCACGAAGACCACAUGCAGUACUCCCCCUUCAGUGGCCCCGACCGACCUCAUCUACUGGCCCUGCACGGAUACCUGGAGAGUCAUCCUUUCUCAGUCCUCAGUGCUCCAGGCCACUUGAGCCACCCGGGCCUCCCUUUACCACAACUGCCAAUCAGCCGCUGACACCCGGCAUCCACUCACCCACUAAAGGACGCCGUCCACUUUCAGCGUUCGGCUCGAACUCCCCCCGUGGAGCGCCUUGCCUUAUUUGUUGGCGACGCGCCAACGCCGUGUCACGUUUUGUCCCACCUGCAGCUGGUUGGGCCUGCAGCAGCUGUUUGAAAUGAAUGUUGUUGAUGAGCACGUACGCAGCUUCCAUGUGGUCCCUCGUCGUCUGUGGACGCUCUUUAUUUAUUGGAAAGGAAAAACUCAGCACUUUUUCAAAUGUGUCUUGAUUGUA